GUCAAAACUGCAGUAUAUUUUAAAUCAAUGUUAUAUUUACUGUAGAGUUGUUGCUGUCCUUCCGCCUUUAUAUUGAAAAUGCCCAACGAAAUCCAUGUACUUUUUCCUGGCUAUUCUGUUCCGGAUCCGGAAGACAAGACAGCGAUGAGGGCAAACUGUUCGUGCACGUUAAUAAAAGCAUCAAAUAAUACGAAUAUCAUUGUUGACACGAUGACACCAUGGGAUAAGCGAAAGAUUGUUGAAGCACUAGCCACGAGGGAUGUAAAACCAGACGACAUAAAUAUAGUUGUUAAUACACAUGGGCAUUCUGAUCACACUGGAAACAACAAUUUAUUUGUAAACGCAGAAUGGCUUAUAGUUGGCGAAUGUAUUUCACAACGGGACAAAUACUUGACUUAUAAUUUUCAAGUUCCAUAUAAAAUAAAUGACGAAGUCGAGGUUUUGAGUACUCCCGGUCACACGAUUUCUUGUGUUUCGGUAAUUGCAAGCAAUUGUAAUUUGGGUAAUCGUGUAGGAAUUUGUGGUGACUUAUUUGAAAAAGAGGAAGACAUCGCAGAUUGUUCAAUAUGGCGAUCUGCUGGAAGUGAAGACCCUGAGAAGCAGGCGAAGAAUCGCUACAAAAUUUCGACCCUUGUAGACUAUAUCAUUCCUGGCCAUGGCAUGGGAUUCAAAGUAACUGAUGAGAUGAGAUCCAAAUUGAAAGAAGAUUCAAUAUACAAAUAAUAUAUGUAUAUCAAACUACAUGUAUAACAAAAACGUGCCCAAGCCUACAUAAAAAAACAUUCGAUUUAAAUUGUUUAUCUGGUAAAAUAAAUGCAAUGAUUUACAAACUUCGCAAUAUA